AUGAGCCCAGGCGAAACACUUAACCCUCUUGGGCCAACUAACCCGCGCUCAUUUACCACUUUUGACAGACGCGCACUCCUUUACUAUCACUCACCUCCUGUGAUACCAGAAGACCCAGGAGUUAGUAGUCUCCAAGUUGAUGCUGGAUGGAAGACCCUUGAUGGCAUUCCUUGUAUCAUGGGUGGCCUAACGGCUCUUGUUGCAUCUGUCAGUGGCACCCUGCGUGGGCGUACCCAAAACGAUUUCCCUUGGAAAACCCUGCCCAAGGAGCUAGCUCGGCUCGGAUGUUGCCUCGUCAACUACCCUAACAAGACUUUGAUGCCCGGCGAGACUCGACCUACGCUUUCUCGGAGCAAAGGCAUCCAUGAUCUGACCCUUCCUCAUCGUAUCAAUCUUGUCAAUGCGCUCAAGAUGGGCACCCUCACCAUUCGAGCCGUGACAAAUGAUGCUGCUCGCACACGCCUUACAAUGUCUAUGGUGUAG